UAAUAAAAAUUCAAUUAAGUUUAAAACAUACUCAAAUCCAAACAAACUUAAAAUAUAAUCAAGUUAAUUUAAAUAAACAAACAGGCUGAUUUUAACAAGUCCAAUUUGUCCAAAAUAAUAUUUAUAUAAAAACAAAUUAACUACAUCGCCUAACAACCAAAGAUUACAAAGAAAGCUUUGUUUUCUAGUGGUUGUUGCUUUGUUUUGUUUGAAUGUAUUGAUUAAUUUUGCUGGCUUAGGAGCAACCUGUUUCUUGCAUUUUUUUCCCUUGCAAUCAAUAAAUUAUUUUGCUUAUGUACAAACUUUAAAAAAAAAAAAAGACCCACUUGAUUUUUUUAAAAAAAAAGUACUUAAUUUAAGUAUAGAAAAAUAGUAUAAUUUGUGUAUAACAGUCGUAAUAGAGGAAAUAUUUGAAAAUAAAGCAAAUGCUAGAUUUUAAUAGAGCUGAGUUCAAAUUUCAAUAGGAACAAUUAUAUGAACAAAAAAAAAUCAAAAGCUAGACCACAAUUUUUUUCUUAAAAAAGCUAGACCACAUGAGUACAAGCUCUUUGCACUUUUGAAAAGGUUUCCGCAAUGGGGUCCUUUACUUUCCCUUUUUCAUUUUCAUGGGAUCUUCUUGAGAUGCUUCAAAGCCUAAAAGAUUUUAGUUCAUACCCAAAGUAUCCCCACAAACCCAAAUGAAAAGACACUUGCUACUUACAACAUUAUAUAAUUUGGAUUUUUUUUUCUUUAUAGAGUAUACUUGCAUUGUGGAAUUUAUUAUGAUUUUGAUUUAUUUAUUAAUUUUUUUAUCAGAAGAAUUUUCCUGUAGCAUAUACACUUGUUUUUCAUUUAACUCUUUUUAUGUGAGUAUUGCAAAGAUAAGUAAUAUUAAAAGUAAAUAAAUGAAAAUAAAAAAAAUUAUACUUUUAUAUAAUUAAAAAAAUAAAAAAGACACCUUUCUGCAGACCCACCAUGUGAAGCUAACUGUUUUAGCAAAUUUGACGUUUUGUCAUAUGUGUGUGUCUGUUACCUCUUAUAUUAUCUACAAUCAACAACUAAUUCUUUUUUAUUUUUUUUUUAUCAGCGCGACCACCCGUUAUUGUUUUUAGUAACGGAAUUAAUAAUUUGUCACGGUUUGUGGCAUUGAAUUGAUUUUCGUUGCUAAUUUACUUUACAAAUCCAGUGGUCAAGUGGAAUUAGGCUUCGUUAUGGUGUCGUAUAGCUUCAAAACUCUCUCCCCACCAUUGCUGACAAAACAAAAGCUGGAUCAGAAGAAUGGGGAUAUGUUAGAGUCAGACCCAAGGCACACAUGUUCUGGUGGCUUUAUAGAAGUCCAAACAGAGUUGAGAAUCCUUCCAAGCCAUGGCCUAUCAUUCUUUGGCUACAGGGAGGACCUGGUGCAUCAGGUGUUUCAAUAGGGAAUUUUGAGGAGGUUGGUCCAUUGGACACCCAAUUUAAACCUCGAAAUUCAACAUGGCUACAAGUUGCUGAUCUCUUGUUUGUGGAUAAUCCAGUUGGAACAGGAUUCAGUUUUGUUGAGGACAUAAAUCUCUUGGUGAAAAAUGAUGUAGAGGCAGCAGCAGAUUUAACUAAAUUAUUGCAGAUGAUUUUUAACAGAAAUAAGAGCCUGCAGAGAAGUCCUCUGUACAUUGUUGCAGAAUCCUAUGGAGGAAAAUUUGCAGUAACUCUUGCAUUGUCUGCUCUAAAAGCCAUUGAAGAAGGGAGAUUGAAGCUUAAACUUGGAGGAGUGGCACUGGGAGAUAGUUGGAUUUCUCCUGAAGAUUUUGUGCUUUCAUGGGGUCCUCUUCUGAAAGAUAUCUCCAGGCUAGACAAGAAAGAUUUUCAGAUUAUACACAGUAUGGCUCAGAAGAUUAAGCAACAAAUCAGAGAAGGUCUCUAUGUUAAUGCAACAAAUGCUUGGAGUGAUCUUGAAGAUUCUGUAACCCAAAGAACCGGCAAUGUGGAUUUUUAUAAUUUCAUGUUGGCCGGUACAGUAUCUGGUUCAUCAUCAGUAAUAGCUUCAACAACAAGAAGGCAAUUUUCUAAGGAAAUUGCAUUGAAGAAAUAUUCUAAAUAUUUAAAGUCUGCGAGGUAUAUUCCAGGUGGAAAUGAUGACGAAGAAAGUGAUUUUAUAAAUAAAAUUAGAAAGAAAAUCAAGAUCAUCCCUGAUGAUAUCAAAUUUGGUCAACAGUCUGAAUUAGUAUUUGAAGCAAUGGAAGGUGAUUUUAUGAAAGCAAGAAUUAAAGAGGUUGAUGAGCUUUUAUCUAAAGGGGUAAAUGUGACUAUAUAUAAUGGGCAGCUUGAUCUGAUUUGUGCAACAAGGGGGACAGAAGCAUGGGUUGAGAAGCUCAAGUGGGAAGGGCUGCAGAAUUUUCAGAAAAAAGACAGAAGAGCUUUGUUUUGUGGUAAAGAAAGGCUUGUAAGAGGAUUCACAAAGUCAUACAAGAAUUUGCAUUUCUAUUGGAUUCUUGGAGCUGGCCAUUUUGUUCCAGUGGAUGAGCCCUGCAUUACGUUAAAGAUGAUAAGUUCCAUAACACAAUCGCCUGCAGCUCUAACUAGUUAGAAAAUCAGCAGCAGCAGCAAAACGGGGAGGAAUUAUAAGUUUUUUUUUUCUUUUUUUGUUUUUUCAAUUAUCAAGCAGAAAUAUGUUAAUUGCUAUGCUGUUACUUUUAUUACCGUGUUUAUUGCUUUACACAGGGAAAUUUGGAGGUUUUUUUUUU